AUGACAGCUGGCUCUGUCUCAGUCCCUCAGGUCAUACCACUUCGAAUCCCUCUUCCUGGGAAGGCUAAACAUGAAAUAGACACAAACACUCUCGUAGAAAUAAAAUCAGAUGGAAGUAAACCAGAACUCAUUAGGAAACCUGGCUAUGGAGAGCAUAACACCUUUAAGUAUAAGGGUCCUAUCAUAUUACCUGUUGGGAAAAUAACGAUCAAGGCACUGGCAGUUACAAAGGACUGCAGGGAGAGUACAGUUGUAACAAAGGUGUUUCUGGUAGAGUACAAGCAACCAAACAUCCUUUUCUCUCUUGAAGACGAUGACAAGAAUUUCCUAAAAGAUAUUGCCACACAGGAGAGGGAAGGUGGAAUGUUUACUACAAAACCAAAGAAGAAUGGAGUGAAUAUGGAAAUCAAGCCUGCCUGGAGUGAAGCACCCCAAGAUUUUCAAGACUUGGAAACAGAAAGAAAGACUUCUCACAGGUCCCUCCAAGGACCACAGCUCCUUGCCAGUCAUUUGGAAACAAGAAAGUAUGGGGAGGAAUCCACCUCAGCACUACCAAUAGAGUGGUUACAGUUGGCUAGUUCUUCUGCAGUGACUAGCCGGAAAAGCUUAGCAAGCACACAGAUAUCAAGGAUCAGGAGGGAAACAUAUUUCCUCAGAUGUGCACGCUGUUCUGCACCUCGCCUGUCUGACCCCCUGGCUCACUUCUGUCAGGAAUGUGGAUCUCCUAUCCCACCUGUGCCAGUACAUCGCUUCCCACCUCCUGAAGGAGCGCAGAUGGCACCAUGUCUUGAAUGCAGACAUCUUGUGCCAAUGAAUACACCCACUUGCAUUGUAUGUGAGUCGCCAAUAGCUCCACAGCUGCAGCCCCAAACCAACAUCUGCAUAAAGGGUAAAGUAAUUUGUCAGGCGUGUGGCACAGGAAAUCCUCUUCACCAUAAACACUGUGUGACUUGUGAAAGCAAACUGCCUGAAAUGCAGACGCCCAUGUUUGGAGGAGACACACCCCCACCUUACCACAACCAGCAAAGAAAGACAAUUUCGUGCUCAAAAUGCAACCGUGUUAACCAAUGUGAUGCCCGUUUCUGUGACUGGUGUGGAGCCAAGCCUGGACCUCCUCCAUCCUACUUUACUUGUCUCAAGUGUGGUACAAGCAACCAUCCAUACGCUCACUUCUGUGGGUCCUGUGGUGUUUACAUAGAGCCCCCAUCAAGGGUGGGUUCUCAGAACGGCAGUCUCCUGGAUGCUGGGGACUCGCUGGGGUUUUCUGAGGCUAAACGAUUUCAAGCUCAAGUUGCCUGGCAGCCUGUUCCUAUUUCCUUGCCCAAAUCAAGGGCAGAACUAAAAGAAAGAGAAGAUAAAGGAACCCAAACCAUUGGACUUUUUUACCCAUCUAGCAAACUGUUGGAAAAGAAGGAGCUCGAGCUGAUUUCACAAAAAGAAAAGCUGGGAAAGAUGAGUGAUCAUAAGCCUCUCCUGACAGCUAUUAGUCCUGGAAAAGGUUACUGGAGAAAACAGCUGGAUCAUGUCUGUGCUCACCUUAGAAGCUAUGCCCAGAACAAUCUUGAAUUCAGAACACUGAUUGGAGAACCUCGAAUGGGAAAGAUGCUAACGGCUGGGCUGAUUAAUUCUGCUACUAUCUAUGAGGAUGACUAUGAAGUCACUAUUACAUUGAAUUACGCCCUUGCUAUUAACAAGGAUAUCCAUACUAAUAAACCGGUAGAGUUCAGCAGUCAUUACCCGAAUACUGUAACAGAAGUUAGAGAUGGACAAGACGGCAUUCAGACUAGUUUCG